AUGCUUCUAGGCUCCAACGUGUCAAAUGUCUCCAACACGCAUGUAGCCAUCUAUGAGGUCUUUGGGCAGAUUGAGGUACUACCUUCGGUAUCCUUGGCGAACUCACUUGUCAAUGCGGCGUGCAUCCCGCUCUUUCGCGAGCUCACGCGCAUUUUCGACCUGAAGAUGUUGUACAUUAUCGCGGUGGUGCUAGUGAUGGUUUCUGCGGCGGUGAUUGGCGCUGCCCUGAGCAUCGAAGUCGUCAUUGUCGGUCGCGCGAUGCUGGGCAUUGGCGGUGCCCUCUCAUACCAGUUGAUCCUAACGUACAAUGUUGUCUUUGCAUUGCCCCUCGAGCUCGCCUUUGCGCAAGCCAUGGUCGGCGCCUGCUUUGCAAUCGGCCUUCUGACGGGCCGCUUGAUCGGGGGUGCCCUUACUGAGACGCCGCACGCCACCUGGCGCUGGGCCUUUUAUAUUGUCGUUAUGGGUGCCGUGCCUCUUGUGCUCGUCGGCAAUGUUGUCCAGCAGACCUUUGGCCUGGGGACUACCGCGGAGCCCCGCAUUCUGCUCCUCACGGUUCUCACCACCAGACCCGUUGUCUCGCUCGUGGCGCUCUACAGUAUCUGCGCGGCCAUGAGUUAUGGCGUCACGAUAUACUACACGCCGCUACACUUUACCUCUAUACGCGGCGAGACCCCCGUCUGAGCCGCCGUCCGCCUGCUGCCAUUCAUCGGUCCUUUCAUCAUCAUGAUGUGUAUCGCAGCUGGUCUGCUGCCAAAGGUCCGCUACUACAUGGUUGUUUUCGCCUCGGGCUCAUUGCUGCUGGUCAUCGGUAGUGACCUGUGGCCACUCGUACUCCCAGACACCUCUGAGUCGCCUAUUGUAGACUUCGACGCAAUCACUGGCCUAGGCUGCCGCCUCAUCUGCUCGCUCGACAAGCUCAUCGCCUCAGUACUCUUGCCUACAGAGAUGCA